AAUAAUUCUGGUCCAACCCAUACACAUAUGCCUCAGUUUAGAACGGAGUUGCAUCCAAGAUGUGUGGAAAAAAGCUGUGCUAUCUCUAUUGAUUACUCACUAUUCGUGUAAUCAAUUAUCUCUCGUCAUUAUUGAGAUACAAGAUUGUCUCAUUCAUUUUUCUGACACAUAAAAUUAGUAAGGAUGUAGUGAUAAUGGUUUACUGAUACUGCUAUGGUUUAGAUAAGUUUUAGACAAGUGACGUUUGGAAUGUACUCAUACAAAAUGAAGCCUACUUAUGGAUGUGAUGUGAAUGGAGUCUCAUAAUGUAAGUAGUCUGUCAUGCUGUUGACUUGUUACAAAUAAGGCAGAAUGGAGCAGGAGCAAAUUGCGAUAUUGGCUCAAAAUGUUUAUGAGUUCAAAGAGGCACUUAAGAGGCUCAUAAAUGCGGUAUCUUUAGAUCAUGAAAUCAAAAACAAAGAGGCCCAGAGUACAGCACAUGAGUGUUUGAGUGAUGUAUUGAAAAUCCUCAAAAAUCUCCUAGAAAAACAUCCAGGCUUGCAAUCCACGGAAAUACUUUUGAAAGCGCAGAAAUUGGUUCAUCUAGUUCAAGCAUACACAAGCGGGAAUCAAGGAUCAAGAGAGCUCUAUGACUUUAUCAACAAGCUUGCUACAAGUUUCAGUCUGAGACUGUCUGAAUAUUUGAUGGGAGACUCCGACACUUGUGUACCACAAAUUCAUGAAGAACCCUCUACACCGUCAACGAAAGAACCAGGGCUGGAUGGAAAGAGAAGUCCUUUGCAAAAACCAAAACAGCAAACGUUUGGUAUUGAACUGGAAAAACAUUUAAACAUGACUGGAGCAGAAGUGCCACAUAUUGUCGUCAAAUGCAUAAAUGAAAUUGAUAAAAGAGGAAUCCUCGUGAAGGGUAUCUACCGUGUAUCAGGUGUCAAGUCGAAAGUUGAAAGGCUGUGUCGAGAGUUUGAGACUGAUGAGAAAAAUGUAGACCUGAGUGAAACGCAUCCAAAUAUCAUAGCAAACGUUUUAAAAUUGUAUUUCAGGCAGCUACCACAACCUCUUUUCACUUACCAACUCUACUCUGAAUUUUUGAGGUUUGCUUUGAAUUGGCCGUGCAAUACAAACAAAGAUCCACAUAAAGGCAUAGAAGAACUGCAACAGAUCAUUGAGAAACUACCAAAGCACUACUAUGCCACAGUGAAAGUGAUUAUAAAACAUUUGAAACGAGUGUCCGAUCAUAGUGAAUGCAACAAUAUGUCAACAGGAAAUUUAGGCAUUGUGUUUGGUCCUACGCUACUGCGGACCAUUGGCACCCAUUCUUCAUUAAGCUCUCUUAUGGACACUGUUCAUCAGACCAGGACUAUUGAACUUAUGAUCACUUGGUCAAAUCAUCUAUUCAAUGCAUGAGAUAAAACAUACUGCGUAAUUAGUUCAGUGCUUUGAAAUUCUGUUGAAAAGUUGGGACAUGCAUGAUUAUUAUUCAUUAAUAGUUAAGAGAAUUUACUACUCCUAUACUACUUAAGGCCCACACAGUAUGUAAAUGUGAGUAGAAAAAGAAAAAAGAGGGAGAGGAAAGCAAGAGGAUGAACAAGAGAAGAGAGAGAGAGAGACAGAGAGAUAAAACUUCUCUCUCUUCGUCGUAAGAAAAGAAAAGAGCGAAAUAAUCAUUCAUUUAUUCCAGUACAUAAUUAUAUAAUAGUGCUACAGGCUAACGCCCAAAUACAGUAUGAAAACAAUAUAAUUAUUAUUAUUAUUAUUAUUAUUAUAUACAUGAACUGCAUAUUAAAAUAAAUUAAAUUCACAAUGUACAUUUUUCAAUCCCAUUUUAAAAUUUGAUGCUUAUUAUCUGACAAAUAACAUUACCAUUCAAAAUACUAGUAGUUCUGUGAACAGUAGACCUCGCGCAGUUCUAAACCACUUAAAAGUUGUGUCAUGCAUGAUUAUAAUUCAUCAAUAGUCAAGAGGAUUUACUACUCAUAUAAGUCUACUCAAGUCAACAAAGUAUGUGAGAGACUGAGAGUAAGCAGAGUAAAAAGGGAGAGGAGAGCAAGAGGAUGAACAAGAGAAGAGAGAGAGGGUGAGAGAAAAAGGAGCGAAAUGAUAAUUUAUUAUUUCCUGUGCAUAAUAUAAGAGUGUUACAGGCUAACGCUCAAAUACUGUGUUAUGGAAACAAUAAAAAUAUUUCAACAAAUCAAUAUUAAAUAUCAGCUUGAAUACGAAAAAACAGAACAAAUUAAAACAAAUAUUGAAUAUUUAAGUGGGUGUUAUGAAAACAAUAAAAAUAUUACAAUAAAUCAAUAUUAAAUGUCAACUUGGAUACGAAAUAACAAGAACAAGUUGAAACAAAUAUUGAAUAAUUAAGUGGGUGUUAUGAGAACAAUAAAAAUAUUACAACAAAUCAAUAUUAAAUGCCAACUUGAAAACGAAAUAACCAGAGCAAAUUAAAACAAAUAUUGAAUAAUUAAGUAGGCCUACAGUCAUAUUAAUUAUCUAUAAAUGCUCUGUGUUGUUGUGAAGGAGACCAUGUGGCAGAUAUUCAUAUUGAAUGAGAACGAGUUGAUAUUCUCAAAAUCACUAAUUUAUUAGAACAAUUUGAGAUACUAGUUUUCGUUGUUACACCAUUAUCAUUCUCUAUUGAAAUGAAUGCUUAGACAUUGAGCAGCAGAGUAUAUAGC